GUAAAAUGCCCUUUGAUUUCUGUGUGUUUCCAAAUAUCCUAAGAAAGUGUAAUGGAGACAAAUUGAGUUCACUUUCUUUAUCCAAGAAAUCCCACAGACAUAAAUGGAACAGUUCCUGUGGUUAUUUGACUUUCCAAAUUAGCACUGCUAAUAGUACUUAUUCACUUGUUCACCUAAUUCAGCAAACAUUAUGAGAUCAUAUAAUAACAGUGCAAUAUAAUUACUGGAUGUUACUAGUAUAACUUCUCCAGUAAAGAGUAGAAGGUUGAAAACAGUUACCAUUUCUUAAUCUAAGCAAAGUAGCUCCAAAUUUGUCUCACUGUAACAUUUUAAAUAGCUGCCAAAUAGAAAAAAAAGUUUCGUUUUCAAGCUGUCGCCUCUUGGGCUGUUACACAUCUAUGGAGACCAGGUUACUGACGUAGGUUGGGUUGAGUAGGAUGAACCUGUAAGAAAAUAAUGUGUUUUCCAGGUUGGCUGGUGCUGUCUUCACCUUGCAUCUGAAACUGUGCUAUGUAACAAAAGGGAGCACAGCUACAUAUGUAUUUCCAGGAUGGGGUACACUAACACUAAUUUCAAAAGGAAGGGAGCUAAUGCUGAGAUGCUCAAAUAUCGAUCAGAAUUUCCCUAUCCAUCAAAAAAAGGGGACGAAAAGGCUGAACUUCUGUCAUCAAUGUGGCCUGAAUCGAUGUUCAUGUCACACGGGACAGGGAGGUUCCCGGUGUGAAUGUUGUUCUGAUUCUUGAUGAACUUUUACUUUGCAAAAGCUGGUAGCAUUUAUUCAUGGUUUAAAUAAAACACUGUGCUGGAAAAAAAUGAAGCUCUAACAUUUCUACUUUGCCUUUUAAGUUUAAUUUUGAAUUUUACUUCUUUGGAAAGUAUUGAAAAGUAUUAAAAAAUAACUGCUUAAUGUAGGCUAGAACAAGAGGAGCUGUUCUGUAAUUAAGCCAUUUACACUAAUCUAAUUAUUACUUUCUUUGAAUGCUCUGCUGUGAGUCAAAAUAAGCUAGUGCUGGAUUUGAGAACCACAGAAUGCGAAAAUGCUGCAAGGAGGAGCGCUGGAUGGAGUCUACAGGCUGGCACAGUUUCACAUUCACUGGGGAUCCUGUGAGGGCCAAGGGUCUGAGCACACUGUGGAUGGUGUGAAGUAUGAUGCAGAGCUCCAUAUUGUUCACUGGAAUACAAAAUAUGGUAAAUUUGCUGAAGCCGUGAAGCAUCCUGAUGGUUUGGCUGUGGUAGGCAUCUUCAUGAAGGUAGGAAAUGCCAGGCCUGAAAUACAGAAGGUUGUGGAUGCUCUGAACUCCAUUCAAACCAAGGGGAAGCAAGCUUCCUUCACAAACUUUGACCCCACUGGACUGCUUCCUGCGUGUAGAGACUAUUGGACGUACCCCGGCUCACUGACCACUCCCCCACUGCUCGAAUGUGUGAUCUGGCACGUUCUGAAGGAGCCCAUCACUGUCAGCCCCGAGCAGAUGUGCAAACUCCGUGGCCUUUGCUUCAGUGCUGAGAAUGAGCCCGUGUGUCAUAUGGUGGACAACUGGCGCCCGUGUCAGCCUUUGAAGAGCAGAGAAGUCAGAGCUUCCUUCCAGUAACCGCAGUGCUGAGUGUGUUAGAAAUUGCUGUGUUUGUGAGGAACCCCUUUUGCUAAGCACAAAUCAAACCUUUGCCAUGUGUGCCCUGGCAACAUCUUGUCUCCCAGAUCCAUUCUUUCUUUCGCUCUGCAUCUAAAAUGCCAGCUAAUGAAAUGUGAAAGGCUCUUGGCCAAAUAGGAAAGGGUUCUUAAGGUGUGGGGUUGGGGGAGGCAUGGGGCGUGGGUGUGGCUGUGUGCAUUUUGGUGACUGUUACUGCGACUGACACGUUGGUAUAACAAACAGUAUGUUGGCUACUUGGGAGAGGAUAUAGUGAUAGCGAAAUAAGCCAUUUUAAGAAACCUCAUCCACUGGUGUGAUAGUACACAUAACUAAUGAUAACUUGAAGCUUUGUGAAAAGCACAGGAAUACAGAAUCUAGAUAUGAUUUAGGAAAAAAAAGUAUUUUGAGAAAGUAAAGCAAAAUGAAUAUUGAGAAUUAGACUUCUUAGAUUUUAAGAAACUGACAUGUAAAUAUUUUUGAGACCGUUUUACAUUUUUACCCAUGCUAUCAACAACGUUGAUUAUGUCUUAAUGGUAGUGUUGGAUUUUUUUUAAUUAAAAAUGUCCUAAAUUAAGUAUUAUCUUUAAAAGUUGUUAUUACCAUAGAAAUAACACAAAAUAUCUUUUCCUUGAAAUAAUAUAUGCUCUAAUUUAAAGAGGAAAAUAAUAUUGUAUUUUAGAUAACAUCUCUAAUAAAUCUAUACUUAU